AUGACAGAUGAACUGUCGAAACACGUUUUUAAAAAGUGUCGUUCAGUAAGGAACAGCACCAUAACUGUCGAUACACUUAAUAUCACUAUACACCACAGACCUAUACAAUUUGGUGACUAUACCGCUGACAAGGAGAUUAUCAGAAGAAUGGCGGCCCCGGUUGGUGUUAUGGGUUGCUUCAGAUUAGCUUCAAAAUCGCGUCAGAUUUUUCUUUUCUCGCGGAAUUUUGCAUCAAGAAGGAGGAGAAGAGAGCCAAAAGUAAAUCUCAAGCGUUAUGAUAAUGUUUACGCCAUGACUUAUCGAGAACCACCCAAACAGAUAUUUACCGAAGCAAUGGGUGCACUUCGUGCGUACAACAUUUCAUUGGAUGGAAUCACCGAUCAAAUUGUGGAGUUGUAUGUCAGGGUUGACAUGGGAGAAAAGACGAAACAAAAGAUUAAUCCUUUUCACGGUCUUAUGCUGCUUCCCAAACCAUAUGGAGUCGAAAGAAAGGUUCUUGUUUUUGCUAGGGGAGAAGCUGCUGAGGCUGCGAGAAGAGCUGGUGGAAAUUUUGUUGGCGAAGAGGAGCUUAUUCAACAGGUUGCUGAUGGAGAGGUGACAGACUUUGAUCAAUGUUUAUGCACACUGGAAUUUUUGAACAAAAUGAAACCCUUGCAAAAAAUUCUUAGAGAGAAGAUGCCAACUACUCGCAGAGGCACUGCAUCUGAUAACAUUGCGGCUGCAAUCGAUGCGUACAAAAAGGGUCAUCCGUACAGGUGUGACAGAGAGGGAAUCGUCAAUAUUGGAGUGGGAAAGCUCAGCUUUACAGACUCAGAAGUCAGGGUCAAUGCAUCAGCAGUGUUAUCUACACUUGCCACUCACGGAACUGUUACCAAAGGUAAAUUCUUCAGGGAACUUGUUAUUUCAUCUGAAAGAGGGCCAAGCUACCCUCUAGAAAUCGCUGAGUGGGUCAGCUGAUGUACUGAUUGACUUGACAGAAAAUACCACUACACAGCUUUGUGAACAGUUGUGGCAGAACUGACCAAAGACAGCUCUUCAUUGGUCGCGUGGUUAUGGCGGCAAUGUUUCCGGUGGUUGAAAAAGUUCAGCUCCUCUAGCAAGUUGUGUCUCUUUUGGGAUUAUGUGACUUGCAAAAAAAACUGCAGUGCAGGAGCGCUUUUCGUAUUUACUCUAAAGGAGUUGAACAUUCUUAAAAUUCAAUUAUCAAAAGUUGUGGCUCCGAAAAAGCGCUUUGUGAUGAGACAGCCUUUUAUUUGAAAAACACGAACAACACGCCAAGAAAAACCACAGGAACGCCAGACAAUUAGAUGUAUGCACUGGGUAAGCUGUUCCAUUACACACAAAGAUGCUUGAAAUUUACUGGAGACCAAUCAAGAAAUGCUCAAUGACGUAAAAAUCUUGUAAAAAAUAGCUUCGGAAGUCAGUAGCGAAUGUUAGUAAAGUACUUGAAUCAAAAUAAAAAUGACU